GGAGGGGGUGGGUGUGACCGCGCGGGCAUCCCGCCGACGGCCGCCACGCGUCUCCUGCGGCUCACAGCGCUGCAGUCAUGGACCGCCUUGCCCUCCGGCUCGGCCUAGUGGGUCUACUGCUGACCGCGGCCGCGGCGCUGGACGACUUCUACUUCUCGCGCCACCCUCAGAACCUGGCCGUGCGCGAGGGCGCCAGCGUCGACCUCGAGUGCAUGGUCUCCAACACCAGCUUCAUCCGCUUCUACUGGCAACUGGACGGCGAGACGGUGCUCAACUCGAGCCGCCGCUUCCAGCGCGGCAGCGACCUGCACAUCACACGUGUCGACCGCCGCCGCGACGCCGGCCACUUCACCUGCAUCGCGAUGAACGUGACGACCGGCUUCAGCCUCACCAGCCUGGCUGCCUCGCUCACCAUCCAGUGGCUGGAGCCGACAGCUCGGGUGCAGCUACAGACGCCGCCGGACCCGGCCGACGUGCGGCCCGGCCAGGACGUGGUGCUGCGCUGCCGGGCCGACGGCUCCGGCGAGCUCGCCUACCACUGGUACCGCAACGGCGAGCGCCUGACGCGCGGGCCGCGGCUGGCGCUGCGCAACAACCGCCUCCAGCUGAGCGCCGCCGAACCGCGCGACGGCGGCGCCUACUCGUGCAGCGCGACAAACGCCGCUGGCACGGCGCGCAGCAACCAGUCGCUGCCGCUGGUGGUACCCAGUCAGAACGUGACUCGCCUCGUGCUGGCGCCGACCGCUCAGCUGGUGCGUCGCGGUGACCCGGCUCGCUUCGACUGCGCCUACGACCGAGCCGAUGCCGUCAGCUGGUCGUUCGGGCAGCUGGGGCCGCUCGCCAAUCACGGGCGGUACUCGGUGCUGGCGAACAACAGCCUGCUGGUGCCGGCGGCCGGACCCGAGGACGAGGGCUGGUACCACUGCCUCGGCCUGCGCAACGGCGACGACCCGGUGCCGCAGCGGUACAGCGCGCAAGAAGCUCAAGUUCGCGCCGCGCCCGGUGAGCCGCGGUCUGGAGCUGGGCAAGCCUGGACGGCUGUACUGCCGGGCCUCCGGCAACACGCCGCCCACGGUGCGCUGGGUCAAGGUGGACCCGGACGGCCGGCCGCUGUUCGACUGGCAGCCGCACGUGCGCGACAACAACGGCACGCUGGUGUUCGACGUGGUGCAGGAGACGGACGGCGGACAGUACAGCUGCGUGGCCACCAACCCGCAGGGUCUCAUCAACGCCACCAUCAACGUCACUAUCAUAGUGACGCCGAAGUUCCUGGUGACGCCCAGCAACCCGACGGAGGCGGUGGCAGGGCGGCCGCUGCUGCUGGACUGCCAGGCGUACGGCCGGCCCGAGCCGAGCGUCCAGUGGGACCGCAACUCGCGGCUCAACGACCUGGACGAGACGAGGUUUACUAAGUUCGAGAACGGCAGCCUGUACAUCAGUGAGCUGCAGAUGGGCGACACUGCCCGCUACGGCUGUAUCGCCGGCAACAGCGGCGGCUUCUCCCGCGAGGAGAUCCAGCUGCUCGUCCGGUCGUCGGAGGCUGAGCUGACGGGCCGGCUGCUGACGCCCGGCCUGGCCGCCGACGAUGACGCCAUGAUGACGCGGACGGUGGCCAUCACGGUGUCGGCGGCCGCCGCCUACCUGCUGCUGGUGGCCGGUCUCAUGGUCUGGUGCCGCUACCGCCGCAUCCAGCGCAAGCAGCUCUACCUGCGUGCCUCCGCCGAAGGUACCAGCGUGCUUCUGGCCAAGCCGGAGCGGGCCGAGGUGGUGGCGUCGACGACCGGCGCCGGCGCGCGCUACGUCGGCUGUCCGCGCUCGGAGGAGGCGCACACGGCGGGCUCGGCCAGCCCGGCCGCGCGCCAGAGUCCGGCCCGCUACAACAGCUACCAGAGCAUCCGCUCGGAGAGCAGCUCCCAGCCGAGCCGGCAGUCGCGCGCCAGCGCCGAGCGGCGCCCGCUGGACCGGCGCGACCUGCAGCCCGUCAUGCCGCUCGGCCAGGGCGAGUUCGGCGACGUGUACCUGGCGCGCGCGCGCGGCCUGGCCGAGCCGCCGGCCGAGGACGCCAUCGUCAUGGUCAAGUCGCUGCUGCACGCGCGCGACGAGGCGGCGCUGGCAGAGUUCGCCCGCGAGGCGGAGCUCUACGGCAAGCUGACGCCGCACGCGGCCGUGGCGCGCCUGCUGGCGCUCGUGCAGGACGGCGAGCCACAUCUGCUCGUGCUCGAGUACAGCGACUGGGGCGAUCUGAAGCAAUUCCUGCUCGCGACGCGCUCCGACACGCUGAGGGGGCCGCCGAGGCCUCCACCAAUCAGCGCCCAGCACGCCUACAGCCUCUGCCACCAGCUGGCGGCCGGCGUGGAGCACAUACACGCGCAGCGUUUUGUGCACAAGGACCUGGCGGCGCGCAACUGCCUGAUCACCAGCCGGCUGGAGGUGAAGAUCAGCUGCGGCCGACUGUCGCGCGACACCUACAGCCGCGAGUACUGCCGGAUGCGGGGCCAGCUGCUGCCGCUGCGCUGGCUGCCGGCGGAGGCGGCGCUCGAGGACGACUUCUCAGCCCGCUCCGACGUCUGGGCGUGGGCAGUGCUCUGCUGGGAGGUGUUCUGCCAGGGCGAACUGCCGCACGCCGCCCUCUCGGACGAGCAGGUGUGUGGCCGCUAG